AUGGCUACAGUAUCCAACGCGCCAGGAUCAACUGGGAAAGUUCGAAGCCCAUUCAGUGAUGAGGAUGGGAACAUGAGUACACUGCCAGAUCCUCGAAGUCGAUCAAUGACUCCAGCAAGUGAGAGUGGGGUAGCGAAUCCUGCUCAGCACCCGGAUUUGAGCAAUGAAGUAGCCACCUUGAGCAAUAAGCUUAUAAACGCAAUAAAUCAUCAAACGAGCCUGGACGAUUCGCUGUCCGCAACACGGCACGAGUUGGAGAGCGCCCGGACUCGAAUUAAGCAGCUUGAGCAGGAGAACCAAGAGCAGGCUACAUCGCUACUUCGUGAAGCGUCGAUCCAAAAAGCAACUGUGGAGGCCGAGAAGGCCAAAUUUCUUGCCAGUCUAGCAGAGGAGAGGAGACAAAGGGCCGAGGUAGAGAAGGAGAAGAAGGACAUUGAGCAGGAAUUGGAGAACUUGACCACAGCUUUAUUCGAGGAAGCUAACAAGAUGGUCAUAACAGCUCGGGAAGCCGCGCAAAAGGAUCAUGACAAUGUUCAGCGGAAGAACGACCAGCUGAAAGCGCAGCUAGCAGAUACUGAGAGCUUGUUAAGAUCACAUCAAGAGCAAUUGGCGGAAUUGAAACAGGUUAUGGAACAUUUGACGGAAGAAAGAGACGACCAAACUAACCAAACAGCUCCUUCGACUCCUGGCCUGAGCAGAUUCGAUAGUAAGGAAGAGCCCACGCCGGACACUGAAGCACCACAUUCAACAGCUUACGAGGCUAUCUCACCGUCAUACCCAACGAGCUUCACACAUCUUCUGCAGCCGGUACUUCGAACAGAUCUCUCAGCCUACGAUGACUUUUUAUCGCUUCUGCGGAUGUCCAAGAAUAUUCCAGCAAGCAGCAGAGUCUCGAGCGGAUCUUAUGGGAGUAUUGGUGUAGGUUUAGGACUCGGAGGAUAUAACCCCUCGCAACACGGCCCAACCAAUGGAUCAUCAACCUCUUUAUCGACCGCUGGAACGCUUGGUUCAUCUCCUGCAACGCCAACAACGCCCGCGUCUACAGUCAGCAACGGAUCGACUAAUGGACCAAAUUCAUUGACCCCUCUAAAGGACACGAAAUUCUACAAGAGAGCUCAAGCGGAGGAUAUAGAGCCUACAUUAAGGUUGGAUGCAGCUCCCGGUCUUUCCUGGCUUGCCAGACGGACAGUAUUGAAUGCGGUUUGUGAAGGCUCUCUGGUAGUAGAGCCAAUGCCCACUUCUUCAAAACCUUAUUCAUUUUCUUGCUCGCUGUGUGGAGAGUCGCGGAAGGACCCCGCCCAUACUCGCAGUCAUAGAUUCAGAACGAGCGAGAGCGACAGUGCACAGAGAUAUCCACUAUGCAAGUACUGCCUUGGUCGGGUUCGCUCCACCUGUGAUUUCCUCGGCUUCUUAAGGAUAUUGAAGGAUGGGCAUUGGAGAUGUGACGACGAAGAGUCGGAGAAAGCAGCAUGGGAAGAGAGUGUGAGGCUAAGGGAGCAGAUGUUUUGGUGCCGGGUUGGUGGAGGGGUAAUUCCCGUGCACCACAGCAAUGCCGAUGCGAUGAAGAGCCCGCGCAUAAGCCAGGAGAGAAAAGAUCAGGAGAAGAAGAUCAGUGAAGAACUGGAGCGGACCGGGGAGAUUCAACCGAGAGAUGUCACUCCUGUGGAUAUCAAAUUGAGCUCGCCGAGGGCAAGCAGAGUUGCUGUCAUGGAGGAUACGGCCGAGUUCCCAAACCCUGCACCGAUGCCCUCUGUAGGGGAGGAACUCGGGAAUCUAACAGAGGUUGCUGGUGAUCUUGCAACGGUGGAGAAUGCAAGGAACUCAACCCAGUCAACAAAGUCGCUAACAGUGGGAUCUACUGCGGAAGGUGAGAAAGAGGGAGGCCACAGGCUCUCUAUUACAAUUCCAGGAUCCUUCGACUAA